CACGCGCUGAUCGGUCCAUACUACUCUGUACAAAGGCCGACGACGACAUCCGACCGUCAACAUGGCUCUCAUCGAGACGUCCCUCAUCUGGGUGGCCUACGCCGUCUGUCUGGGCAUCGUUUUCUUUGUAUCCGCAAUAUGGGUCUUCAUAUACCAGAAGCCAGGAGAGCGCACCGUGGCCGUCACCAUCAUCUGCUGGCUCACAGUCCUCGCACUGCUGGCCACCGUUUUGCUCCAGCCCGUGGACAUUGCACUCGUCUCGUCGACAACCGCUCGCAAACUGGGUCGCAAGAAAGAUUGGGCUACACCGGACAACGUCGAUCAUACACUGUACAUUCUCAAGAUUGUGUACUACUCGCUAUACAGCCUGGACGCAGUGCUGUGCUUGUUGGUGGUGCCAUUCACCUACUUCUACUACGAGGAGUAUGACGAAGUUGCGACCGAUGAGGGAUCGCAGACUAUUGGGACACGACUGUGGGGUGCUUUCAAGUGGACAUUGGCCUUCAUCUUCUUCACCGUCAUCCUCUUCUUGGUGGGCUUCUUCGUGCCGGUCGCGAAGAAGGCAAGAGACGGCCACAAGGACUUGGACUACUUCAAGGACCUCCUGACCGAGAAUCACGGCGAGCGAGCUCUGACCUUUGCCAUUGGAUUGCUCAUCCUCAUUGGCACUCUCCUCUACUGUCUCUACACCGCACCCGGAUUGGCUCUCCUGCCGGUGUCACUCAUCAAAUCUGCUCCAAGCAUCUCCGCGCCGCAGCUCGCCGAGAACACAUCCAGCCAGCUGGACCAGAAUCGCGAACGCCAGCGUCAACUCGAAGGUCGCAGCGAGGGUCGCGAAGGAGGUCUGGACUCGAGAGAUCGGCGCGAGCUUGAGGCUCUCGUCCGUGAAGAGCGCACCCUCGUCCGUCGUGAGCGACUCGCCGCCGAGAACACCGGCGAAGGCCGCAACUUCUUCAUCCGCGCAUGGCUGAAACUGGAAGCGAUCUUCCGACCUCUCAAGUUGCUCUUCGGCAUGAUCAUCCUGGUGAUCUCAAUCAUCAUUGUCGCCAGCAUGCUCAUCACCAUGGUCGACAAGAUCAAGAACUCUGUCUGUGGUGUCUCCUGCGGCUACCUCCUGGGCAAGACGAAGAUUUUCCAGCCCGUGAACGCAUUGCUCCUCACCACGAGCAAAAUCUUCCCCAUCGACUACGUCAUCUUCCUGCUGAUCACCCUGCUCUUCUUCUCGGCGACAGUGGUCGGUAUCGCCAGCAUUGGAAUCCGUUUCCUGUGGGUCAGCCUCUUCCGCAUCCGCAAAGGUCAGACUACACCCAAUGCCAUGCUCAUGGCCACGGUACUCCUCACGUUGAUGACGCUGGCGCUAAACUACAGUCUCGCCAUGAUUGUCGCUCCGUCAUAUGCCACGUUCGGACCUCAGACCUACUGCGAUCGGCCCGCCGAAUACGGACUGCAGCCGAACUGCACCAACCACCACAGCGCCAUCAAGCCAUGCUCCGAGCGCAGCGACAACCCUUCCGCGAAACUCGUCUGCACGCCGUCUGUGCUUUCCACCUUCUUGAACCGCAUUACGGCCAACUUCCCUUACUUUGGUGUGGUUACAUUCUACGCUCAAUUUGCGUUCCUCGGCAUCUUCCUCGUCGUCUUUCUGGUCACGCUAUUUCGCGUGCCGAAACUCGAUGAAGAUCAACUGGAUGAAGACCUUCGCGAGGAGGAAGAGGAAGGUCUGUUGGCGAGCACUGGGAGGAGGUUCGGUGCUACGUGGCAGGACAUUACGGGUCGCAGCAAGGGUGUGAGGAGGAGCGAGUAUGGUGCUAUCAGCGGUGGUGGGUCUGGAAACGCGGACAACUGA